AUGAGAUUCACCUCCUUCCUUCGUUUUACAACUUUGCUGCUGGGCACUGAAGUUGCGGUACUUGCAGCACCUGCUGAGAACACUGAGAAAAGGGACUUUGCCUUCUCUGAGCUUCAUAAGCUCGCGCUAUUUGGCGACUCAUGGACGGAUAUGCGUUUUGACGUCGCCGGCACUCAGCCGUCGGACAGGAAUCCGUUUGGAAAUAUAGGAAAAACUAGUUCCAAGGGGAAAAUGUGGCCUGAGUAUCUUGCGACAAAGUACAAUUCUUCCCUCGUACUAGGAUACAACCUGGCGCUCAGUGGUGCUGUCGUCGAUGUGGAUAUCAUCCCCACAGCGCCCCAUGACGUUGAUUAUCAGGUUCAUGAAAAGUUCGAGCCAUAUUCAAACCAGACCAACUUCUUCCCGAAAAAGACGUCACUGUUUACCAUGUGGGUUGGUAACAAUGACAUUAAUCGGUCUUUUAACGGCACCGAUCCUACUAUCAAUGUCAAGAUUAUCGCGAGAUACGAGGAACUGGUCCGUCACCUCUAUGACAUCGGUGCUAGGAACUUUCUCUUUCUCAGUGUCCCACCCAUGUGGCGGUUUCCCAGUAACACUGAAAAUCCCGACGUGGACCUUCCUAAGCUACAGAGAGCCGUUGAAGAUUACAAUAGGAGACUCAAGCGCAUGGCCAGGGAAAUUGACCACAACCUUCCUUACUCCACAGUGUACUACUACGAUAUCCCGCCUCUAUUGAACGCCAUCAUCGAUGAUCCCAGUCAGUUUGCAGAAACCGCUGUCUACAAGAAUACCACGGGAUGGUGCAGUGCCUACAACGCGUAA